AUAUCUUUGUAACUGCGUAUGUUCAUCUGAUGAGCGUCGAUUUGUAGAUGUUGCGUUUCCUCCUGCAAACAAAGUAUUUGCAUUUGUUUUACAUAUCCCGUUCUUCGCAUAAUUCUGACAAAUUUUACGUUGCAUUCGCACAUGACACAACAUUCCUAAAUAAUGUGCGAUUACUGUUCUUGGGUCGAACAAAUUCUAGCAAGGAUUGUAAUCGAAACUAAACCGGAAAAGAAGCCCCGAGUACACGUGGAUCCUGUAAUAGUGGUUCAUGGUGGCGCCGGGAAAAUCCCACGGAAAAUACGCCAUCGUAUGCUUAUCGAGGUUAAGAAUGCAUCGAUCGAGGCAUACAAGGAUCUCGUCAACGGUAAAUCUGCAGUGCACGCAGUCGAAAAAGCAAUUUCGUACAUGGAAAGCAAACCACAUUUCAAUUGCGCUAAAGGAGGAUGCAUGGACGUCAACGACGAAGUCGUAAUGGAUGCAACUAUUGUUACACCAGAGGAUGCUGGUUGCGUGGGUGCUGUCAGAGACAUAGAACAUCCAAUCUCUCUAGGUUUAUUCGACAUGAGCAGCUCUAUGGGAAUAUUAUUAAAAUAGAAACCUGGAGGGAUUAAAAAAUAUCUUGUCCCAUUUUCUAGCAAGAAAAGUAUUGGAACGA